AGGAACCUCGGGGUUAGCGGCUCGUCAAAGUUACCAGACAACUAUAACUUCCAACUUUCCCCUGCAAAUGGGGUCAAGCCUGUUACCCCCAAACAGCAACGGCUGUGCCGAAAAUACCCCGAGCUCAUUCCGUACAUCGGCGAAGGUGCAAGAGAGUCUAUUACGCAGUGUCAGCUCCAGUUUAAAAAUAGAAAGUGGAACUGCUCUGCUCAUAGUCCGGAAAAUGUCUUUGGAAAAAUUCUGAAAAUAGGUAAGACGAAAUCAUCUGCAUCAGAUAUUUUUAAAUCGAAAUCGGUGCGCGAUAAGUUACGUCAACUUUAGCUUGGUUUUCUAUCUAUGUUUUAAGAACAUUCUCAUAAAAGAGAACACAUCUCCUUAACUCUUCUCUUAAAAAAAAUAUAUUUCUAUGCAUGUGUAUUUAAAACUAAAGCUCAGGGGCGAAGGCCAGAGGGUAAGUUAAAUUUACUUUUGUAUAGAUCUGAUUUUAUCGAAACACUCAAGAAGUGGAGAAGAUUAUAACGAAGUCCAUAGGAAGUAAUAAAACGCAGUAACGUGAUGUUUCAUACACUGGCAAAUUCUUUUCACAGAACGUAAGCUUAAAAAGACGACGAACGUUUGCUCUCGCCCACAGUAAAGUAAACAAGACACAAACCAGGCUUGGGCUAGCCUGUGAAUUUAGAAAGAAACCCACGCGAAAAGAAAUAUUCUUGUAUGACACAGCAUUCUGUUAUCAUUGACAUAUAUGUAGUUAUUUAUGGAUAUGCAACAUUUGCGAAAUUUUCGUCAAGUGAACGCUAAUUCCAACGGUAUUUAGUUAUGGAUGAAAUGGUUCAUUGUUGAACAUACAAAGAAAAGUGAAAGGACAGAAGUUGACGGGAAGGAUUCUUGAGGAAUAGGCUAAAGGCAAACGCGGUCAAACGAACGCCAUUAUUUUUAGGGGUUAUUUUUACCCUGAGAUUGAUCAAGGUAAAAUUACUUACGGAAAUUGUAAUCAAGUAAUAAGGUCAAAAAUGAUUUUCUUAAUAACUUCUUCAUCACCAUUAUUAAUAAAUAAACUUCAAAGGCUCGUCUCACUUCCAAGCAAAGGAGGGAGUGCAACAAAUGCGAUGCGAGAAUAAACGGUCAAAUACUGUAAUGUACUUUUUUCGCUAUUCCUGUGGUACUUCUUCAAUGAAACACCUUACUCUAUUUGCAUGACGACUAAGACGUUUUUCAACAAGUUUAGUUCUAUUGUUUUGUCUCAAACGCCAGAACCACGAAGCCACAAAUUCAAUGAAGUGCUAUCUACUUCAGUUAUUACUGACUUGUAAUUUGAAUUAUUGAAUUUCUUGUUCAUUUGAUUCGUCCAGAAGAGACUUUUUCAUAAAUCUUAGUUCUAUGUUCUGUCCUAAAAGCCUUGCCAACGAAAGUACAGACUUGAUGAACCGCAAUUCACUUCACUUAGUAUUUCGGAUUCUAUGUUUUGGACUAUAAACUGCUCGUUCUAAUUGAUUCUCAGGCGGAUUAAGUUAAAUUGAGUAUAGUUCUAUAUUCCGUUUAUAGACAGCAUUGGUUAAAAAUCCACAAAUUUGAUGACAUAACUCAUAUAACUCACUUCAUUGCAAUUACAGAUUCUAUUUCAGUAGUGGGAUCACUUGUCAUUCUAUUUGAUUCAUAAAACGUAGCUUUCACCAGUUUCAUUGAUUUUACUCAGCAUUUCAGUUGAAAUUGCGUCUCAGCAGCUUUAGCUACAAACUCACACAUCUUAUGAACUCCUAUUAACCACUUCAUCCGAUAUUCCUUCGUACUUCUUUUUUGGCUAAACAACUCCAGUUUUUAUUGAUUCCUUGGAACUAUUCGAUCAGUGUAAUUCUAUAAUUCAUAAUUACAGUGUUGUCUCUCAAAUUUUUCACAAACCACGACUUGAAGAACUCUAAAUAACCCAUGUCAUUUGCGACCCCUCCUUACAUCACAAACCACUCUUUCUCUUUUUUCUGAACGUUCCUGAAAACUAUCUUAUCGCUAGUUGUUACUUCGUUUUGACUCAGGUAACUGUAAAAUGAGGGAAUGUUUUCAAAAUAAUCAUUCGCUCCGCCAAUUAUUGCACUCUUUCGCGGGAGCUCGUGGCGAAGUGAAGCUGCCAGGAUUCACUCCAUCAUUCUGUGAUUUUUCAUUUCGGAUUCUAAGAAAGACUUACGCUUUGUUCACACGAUACCGGAUAGUUUUUCGCGUUGCCGACACGUAAAGCUGUCUAGUAUAGUAUGAACACCUAUCCGAUAUGUGACUCCCCACUUUAGAGAUCCCGUGCGCGCGGCUCAGCUUCGCUCCGUCACAGAAAUCGCUCCGAAAGCACCAUUCUCAUGUGUAAACAGAAGCCCUAUCCGAUUUGAUUUUAGUGCCAGCGCAAAAGCUGUCCAGUAUAGUCAGUCUUCUUAGCAUCAUAUUGACGUUGAUCAUGGAGCCAUCUGUGCUAUGGUGUCAAUGAAUUAAGAAAAUUUACUAAUCAAAGCGAGGUUCCUUAAGUGAUUCUUCUUCUAAUUUCUAAUUAUUAUUUUAGCUGAGUUUCCAUCAGGCUCUGCUGCAGGCCUUACGCACGCCUUACACUUGACUUGGCACCUCAAGCCUGACUCGCUGUGAACGUAUUAAAAACCUUACAAACACCUCAAACCUUAAAUUUAACACUCCCAAACGGGUGGCUAAGGUCAAAAUUCACCAUGAUUUUUUACUUUGUGAAAUGAUAAAAACAAAUAGUACCUUACGAAAAUGCUGUUCAAGAGAAUUCAUUUUAAUGGUAACACGAUAGGAUUUCUUCCACAGACACAAAAGUUAGAGCCACCAUGUGCACCAAAAUAAACAGCACCACAGGAAAGUACUGCUCAGUAGCUGUCGUUUGAAUGGUCACACCAAAGGAUACUCAAAAGUUAGAACUACCUUAAAGUUUCAGAGCAUUUAUAAACAGUACCACAGGAAAGUACUAUACUCACUAGCUUUCAUUUGAAUGAUCACACCAAAACACAGACUCAAAAAUUACAACCACUCUACAAGCCAGAGUCUCCAUCAUUCACCCUUGGAAUGAAAAGGUUAAACACAUCUCAGUCUUAUUUACACGCAUGGUUCUGUUAAAGCUUGCAGGGAGACAGCUUUUGCCUACUCGAUAACAGCAGCAGGAGUGUCGCAUGCUAUAGCGAGAGCUUGUAGCGAAGGAAAACUAUCGUCUUGCGGAUGUGACAAAAGAUACAGAGGAGUCAGCAACGCAGGAUGGCAGUGGGGAGGAUGUAGUGACAACAUUCAUUUCGCGGAUCAGUUUUCUAGGAAAUUUGUCGACGCUGGUGAAAAGGGCCGAGAUUUUCGCACAGUGGUGAAUUUGCACAACAACGAAGCUGGCAGAACGGUGAGUGUGUCUGAAGGUUACAUUUAUACAAGUUACAAGGGCAAAAACUGAAAAGAAUAAAUUAGUUCCGUCUCUCUACUAUCAAAAUACAAAUUUUUCCGUUUCAUUUCGGAUUCGAAAUGUUAGAACCACCGUACAAGACUGACAAGACUUAACAAGUCUUUCUGGGUGUAAAAGAUUUCAUAGCCGAUCAAGAAUUACUUUCCCAUUACUAUGCCACUAUUAUUCUGCAGUGUACAAGGUGGCUAGACAGUUAAACUAUCUCGAGUCCGUGGCGGUAUGGCCAAUGCUUAGCUUACUUUACUCUAGUCAUUGGCGCUGUUUAUUCUGCAAAGAAAAAUUUCGAACUUUUGCAUCUCGUUUAGUAAAAUUUAGUUUACCAUUCAGAUAAACGUGCAGUAUUGCGCGGUUUAUGAGACAAGGAGGGUCUUUCUGCCGUUAGUAUCUUUUUAAGUAAAAUAAUUAGGGAACGGAAAUCGAAGAUUUCCAUCAGUACUGAAACUGAGAUUACACGAGGUAAAGAAACUGACUAGGUCACUCGGAGUAGCCUCGGGCGUAUUUUUUUUUCUUCAGCCAUAAUUAUGAAGAAUUACUUCCGACCGACCAAAAAACCGUCAUAAAAGUAAUCUUAAUGCGUCAAAGCGGCCGUCUGCGCGCAAUUGUAGUGGUAAGAAAAAUUUCAUCAUCAGCUACGUGACUCAGUUUCACAGUUAUUUUACGCGACUUGGACUCAACGAAUAGACGGCAGCACUUAAUAGAAAGAAAUGACGGCUAAUUGUUAGCGUAUAUUUUGCUGAUCAAUAAACUUCAAGUUUGUAAACUGCUCAACCAAGAAGAUAGAACUUGAGCUUAUUGAGUUUUUAUCCAUACCUUCUAACAAAUAAGGUUAUUGCUUAAUACUUCAAUCAUAGGAUUCUCCUUUCGAAACUGACACAAAAAGAUUAUUACACAAUCACGUGUGGCAACCGCUUUUUGAGAGUCUUCUUAAGAAUAUUGCGAAAAAAAAAAUGUGAGUAGAAUAUUAAUCCUACUAUUCCCGUCUGUGGCGGCAUUCUUUUGACAAACUGUUUCAAUUUUAUGAAUAACAACAAUAAAACGUUUUUCCUUGUAAUAGCCGAAACUUGUGGUAAACGGUCACAAGGCGGUUUCCCACGAAGCUACUUAUUCUAACUGUGGCAAAUUUGGGUGUACAGUCAUUGUUAGUAUUAAAAAUAAAACCGGGGCUUUGCUGUUGUGAUUAGUUUCAAUUUCAUGGCUCAUCAAUCUUGACUCUCUGUCUCUGUCUGAGUCAUCUCGUUUAAACUUUCCACUGCCAUAGCCAAUUAUAGAGACGUGACGAAGUUGCAAGUUUAAUUUGGAGACUGCGAAGGCAAAAAUGAAAAUUUCAAGCCAAGGAAACGUAGCACUGCCCGCGAGAAAACAAGAAAAAAGCCUCUUUUGCCCUCAUGUUACACCAUCUUAUCCGCAGGGCAAAAUGAUAAUUUCUAUACCCAAUUAUGAAUAAAUUCUCCCCAUCGCAUUUAUAUAUACGGUCGUUUCGAUACAAGUGGUUUCGAGACAAAUAUUCACCCAAAAUGUUUUUCACAUAUAUAUCGUAUUUCCUCGAAUAAUAGCCGGGCGCGAUUAUUUGUUUUUUCGCACUAAAAGGGGGCGAUUAUUCGAGGGAAGGCGAUUAUUCGAGAGAGACGAUUAUUUCAGGUAUUGUUCACUGGAGGUCGCGCCCUAAAUAUUUUGUUCUAUUUUCCCAUCAAAUCAAAAAAUAAUCACAUCAAAGAAACGGAACAUAGGCUUUUAAGUGUUCCAAAUUUGGUCCCUUGAUUAAUUUCCAUUGUCAAUAUUCUCUGUGUCGUCACUGAUCAGUUUUGCUGGAUCAAACUCCACUUCAGACUCAUCCUCCAGAUUUACCGCUAUGGGUAUCGAUAGCGGGUUACCUAUAGUAGUGGGAGGGCGAUUAUUCGAGGGAGGUGAUUAUUUUGAAUAUUUUCGUCAAAGGCGGGCGAUUAUUCGAGGGAGGGGAUUAAUCGAGGGACGGCUAUUAUUCGAGGAAAUACGGUACUUGAAGUGAUCGAAAUUUUUGUGCAAUAUCACUGCUUGAGUUCGUAUCGAGACGACCGAGCUCCUGUAGCACAAGUCUAAGUUGAGCAGUAGUCUUUCUUGAGAAGACGCCUUGUACCAAUCAAGUGAUGAUGAUUAGCCUCUAUUGUCGGUGUUCAAACGAAAACAUCAAAUUCUAAAAUUUAAAAUCGAAGGCCGCCUUUUAAAGUUUCACAUACCCAUCAGACAACGAAAUGGGGCUCUCCGAUUUGAAAGUAGAGCAAUUUUUAAUUGCCUGAUGUUCACGCCUCGCGACAUAAAAACGGCGCUCGAGAGAGCUGUCGAGCGCACAAAAUGGAGACUUAGACAAUAUUUAAAUACCCUGACACCGCAAAUUCUCAGCUUGGCUACAGACAUCCAUUGGCUUUGAUAGUAGUUUUUGAUAGCCAAACAAUGAAAGUUUCACUGAGUAGUUUGCCUUUACUGACACGAAAUUGCUUUUCUUUUUUUUUUAGUCGGUGAGACAAAACAUGGUACGGGAGUGUAAAUGUCACGGCGUAUCGGAGGCUUGCACUGUACAGACCUGCUGGAAACGCUUACCGAAUUUCAGACGCAUCGGAGACGUGCUCAAAGAGAAAUUCGACAGCGCGUCAAUGGUGGAAUUUGAGCAAAACAACAACCGCAACGGUCAUAGCUCUCGAAAAGGAAAACCUGCAUUCCGUCCAAAAAACAAACUGCACAAGGCACCCACAAUUGCUGACUUGGUCUACUAUGAAGACUCUCCAGACUUUUGUCGUCGCAAUCCCGAGACGGGUUCUCUCGGGACGAAAGGACGCCUGUGUAACAACACGUCCGAGGGGACUGACGGAUGUAAUUUGAUGUGCUGUUACAGAGGGUAUACAACAAGUGAGAGUGAAAUGGAAGAAAUGUGUAACUGUCGCUUUCAUUGGUGUUGUAAGGUAAAAUGUGAAAACUGCCGAUCGAGACAAAUCAUCCAUAGGUGUAAUUAA